AUGCUGCGUGCAACUUGUUUUACUCCUUCCCUUUCUCGGGCGUGUUGCCCUUUACUUGUACUGAUUCUCAGAGUCCCAUCUGCUCAUCGCCCGCAUCGUCGUUGCUUCUCUCCAUUUCGUGAGUACCAUUCUUCACUAUCUGUCAAAGGCAGUCGAGAGAGACGACUUAUUCUCACUGAGAACAACAGAUACCUAUGCACCAUGCCACUCGCUGCCAAACAAUCACCACCUUCUCCUUCUGAACACAUGUCGAAGAAAGCAAAGAAGAAAGCUAUCCAACAGUCUCCUGAAGCAGUGCUGAAACAGAAGCUAGACAUGUGCUCUAGAGACGGUAACGUCUUGGAAGCUCUUCGCUUGUACGACGAGGCCAAACGCAACGGCGUGCAGCUUAGCCAGUACCAUUACAACGUGCUGCUCUACGUGUGCUCCUUGUCUGAGGGAGCAGCAGCAGAGUCUUCUCCUAAUCCAGGACUUGGUAGGGGUUUUGAUAUAUUCAAGGAGAUGAUUGUUGACAAAGUAGUUCCUAACGAAGCUACAUUCACAAACGGUGCUAGGCUCGCCGUUGCCAAAGAUGACCCGGAGAUGGCUUUUGAUAUGGUGAAACAGAUGAGAGCCUUUGGUAUUCAACCGAAGCUGAGAUCUUAUGGACCGGCUCUUUUCGGUUUCUGUAAGAAAGGUGAUGCAGAGAAAGCCUAUGAAGUCGAUGCGCAUAUGGUUGAAUCAGAGGUGGUUCCUGAAGAGCCUGAGCUUACUGCUCUUUUGAGAGUUAGUAUGGAUGCAAAGAACGUAGAGAAGGUUUAUGAGAUAAUGCAGCGGUUGAGAGAUUUGGUGAGACAGGUUUCUAAGUCGAGUUUUGAUAUGAUUGAGGAGUGGUUUAGUUCUGAAGCAGCUGCGAAAGCUGGAGUGAAGAAAUGGGAUGUGAAGAAGAUAAAGGAUGGUGUUGUGAGUGGUGGUGGUGGGUGGCAUGGACAGGGUUGGCUUGGGACUGGAAAAUGGAAUGUGACGAGGACAGAGAUGGAUGAGAACGGUGUGUGUAAAUGUUGCAAAGAGAAGCUUGUUUGUAUUGAUAUCAAUCCUGUUGAGACUGAGAACUUCGCUGCAUCGUUGACUCGAUUGGCCUCUGAAAGAGAAGUCAAAGCUAGUUUUAAUCAGUUUCAGGAAUGGUUGGCAAGACAUGGACCGUUUGAUGCAGUCAUAGACGGAGCCAACAUGGGAUUAGUCAACCAGCGAAACUUCAACUUCUUCCAGCUUAACAAUAUAGUCAAUCGAUGUCAACAAAUUAGUCCGUCGAAAAGGUUACCACUUGUGAUCCUGCACAAGAGCCGUGUACACGGAGGACCAGCUACAAACCCUAAAAACAGAGCCUUGCUAGAGAAAUGGAAAAACGCUGGUGCUCUCUAUGCUACUCCUCCUGGCUCAAACGAUGAUUGGUAUUGGCUUUACGCUGCUGUGAGUUGCAAGUGUUUAUUGUUGACAAACGAUGAGAUGAGAGACCAUCUCUUUCAGCUACUCGGAAACAGUUUCUUCCCAAGGUGGAAAGAGAAGCAUCAGGUUCGAAUAUCUGUGUCGAGAGAGAAUGGACUCAAACUGCAUAUGCCACCUCCAUACUCCAUUGUUAUACAGGAGUCUGAGGAUGGAACAUGGCAUGUCCCAAUGAGUGUAGAAGAUGAUCUUCAGACAUCAAGGCAAUGGUUAUGCGCAAGACGAUCCAAAACACAUUGA